GCUUGGCUCGAGCCCCGAAGGGAACUGUUAAAAGACAGUCAGAAAGGCUCCAAAUGAUCUUAAUGUCUUUAACAUAACACUCCGUCAUGUGUGCUUCUUUGGAGGUCAGAACUAAUGCAUCGUGAGUCAUCCAAACACAAGCUAACUCAUAAACACACGGGAUUCUUGUUCGUUGAAAGAAUUAACAAGGAUUCGGUCAUCUUAAACCGUCACACCAAUCACAUUAUAACUGCUAAUAAAACAGUGACAGCUUUAAAGGAUUUCUUAUUCAACCACAGAACACGUGAGUUAAUCGUGGUGAUUUGAGAGGAAUGCGCGCGCUCGCGUAAAAUUCAACUAAAACUAUCGGCCAAAAAACGGUACUGGGAAGAUGGCUUUCGAUGAGAUCGUCUACRGGAUUAAGUCCUUUUACACAGCCCAUUGAUGAAGGGAAAAAGAGAAUAGAUUCGGAUUCAUACGCAAAGGAAAGCGAUGAUAAAAUCUAGCCUUUGAGAUGCGCCUUCUAUCUCAUACCAAUUUAGAUAUGUUAUCAGAAAUUUGCACACUCCCAGAUCUCUAUUGUAACGGAUAAGCUGAGCGGUUAAGUUGCUAGUUAUUGACUGAGUUUGUCAGUCAACUUUCCCGAGGCAGUUUAACACAAGUUGUCGUACCAAGAAAACCACUCCAGUUUGGAUGCAUCAUGGGGAGAUACACGAACUAUGAUGCGAACGAAAAUCAACUUGGGCCGGAAGAAUUCAUCAUCAAGCCACGCAAGCGCGCCAACUAUGAUCAUCCAUCUGCUAAUGCGUUACGAGAACGUAUUAGAGCUCAAAACCUCAAGAAAGCCUACAUGGAACUGCAGAAAACACUCCCUAAUGUCCCACCAGAUACUAAACUUCCUCGACUGAAUAUUCUCCUUCUUGCUAUCGACCAUAUCGAACAUCUCAUGACUGUUUUGUCCCAAGAAACAUCAAUGGCCAAUGAAAGACUUCCCCGAAAGGAAGAUAUGAUUCAACCCUUCAUCAAGAAAUGGCCAGCAAGAUGUCAGUUGUUUUCAGAGCAGCCUGCUGCACAACCAACUGAAUAUUUACCCAGUUGUAUGUAUGAAACGAGGUAUCCUCAGUCCUACUGUUAGAAGACAAUUCAAAUGGCUUGACAACAGAUUAGAAUAUUGAACUGUCUUAUACGAAUACCUAUAGACACCAGAGGUGCAGAACAUCGCAGUUAUAGAUGGUUGGCUGCAACGAAAAUGAGGGUCAAAGCUGAAAAGCGGACGAUAAAUCCUUCAAUAUGCUUUAGAAUCAUUUAACAAUUAAUAGUAACUACAAGAUAAUAUGAACUAUAUUUCAAACCCGCUCUCAUAAAAAUCAAAUCGUUAAUUGUUUGACUUACAUUAAUCAAUUUUCACUAGUAUUACAGGUAAGCAUAGAAGUAAUACUAAAGAGAAUGCAAUGUGGUCUGAAGUGAAAAGACAUCAUUCGCCUAAAGAAGUAAUGCGAAGUACAAAAGAAUAACGCGCGCAACGCACAGGAUUGUGAUGGUUGAAAUAUGGAGUCGAUAAGCUCCGCCGAAACUCAGCCUAAAAUCUUGCGUGUUGUGCUUGAUGCUGGAACAGAAGAACAUCUCGAUCAAAUUUCAUGUAAUGAGGUACAAAUAUGCAUGUCUCAAAUUUAAGAUGUAUAAAUAGGAUAUAAUGAGUUCUUGACAUCAGGCUAACUCGUAGCUCAGGCACGCUAUUCAAAGAUACAUACAUCUUUUCUAGUGUUUUUUAAUGUGGCAGUCCAACUAGUAACUUCUGUAUGCAACACUUCGCGCAAAGCAAUUGAUGCAGGAAGGCGAGGAAGCAAUAAAGAGGAAAAGAUUAUCUCGUCGCAUAGUUUGACUCGAGCUCACAUGCACAGCUUGUGUGGUUUUAAAUAUGUAAAAAGAUAGCAUUAAUUUUCAGUUAUAAAACUGAUUUGGUGGAUGUAAAUUAUAUUUCGUCAAGCUAAAUUUUCUCCAGAAAAAUUCCGAGCUCCAAAAUAAUAAUUAAUUCUAUAGUUUUAUAUACAAAUUUUAAUAAACUUUUAAACAAA